GUUUCCCCGCUGACAUUCUGAUGACACGGCUGUGUGGUGUUGGUGGCAGCGUCAGCAGGCUGAGAGAUCAACCAGUAAUCACCAUCGUCUCUCACACUGCCAUGGUCUCGAACCCGACACGAACAACCACUAACAACGCUUCAUAUUUCCAACCCGAGAGAGAAACUUGGACGAUUUUAAACAAAGCCAUGUUACCGGACGUGAAAACCCCGUGGAUAUAAGCGACACUGGAGAUCAGAAAGUAGAAACCACCACACGGAAACCACAAAGAAGAAGAAGAAGCAGUCGGUGCUUUUUGUUUUUUCUUUUUUUUUCACACACGGAGGGAAAGACGGCAUCCGGCCUGAGGAGAAGCUCCGAGGUCGGGGACUCCGGUCGGAGUAACGCUCAUCGUUUCUGGUGAGAGAGCUUGAAAAUAAAGGGUUCACAUUUUUCUGUGAAAUUUCCUGGGGUAAAAAAAGCGACUGAACCCCCCCGGCUAGCAGCAUUUACACCACCCUACGUUCACUCAAAAUGGGUUUAACAAUGCAGCUAUGUUUACUUCAGAGAACCUCGGUGUGAAUAGAGCCAUUUGUUGUUUUAGCUUCAGUUUGACUAAUACACUGGUGUUCCGCCUUCAAGAGUGACCCUGUUUUCUGGUGACUUUAAGCCGAAUGCGCCAGUGGUUGUCGUAGUUACGACAGCUGUUAAAAAUGACCAUAUUAAUGCCCUUUCGUUCAUCUUUUUAGAUAUAAAAAUGUCUCUGGUGUCAAUAUUUUGACUUUAAGACGCAUUAGUGAACCAGGGGGAACUUUUACGUGUUUUAACAGCUGUUUGUAACCACGACAAACACAGACCCAUUCAGUUAAAAGUCGCCAGUUAACAGGGUCACUGUUUUAGCCGGAACACCGGUGAAUGGCCGCGGAUAAAGUAAAACAAACUAGACCAACUACAGCCGUCAUAAAUGAAAGUUUAGUGUUGUCACAGCUUUGUCAUUUCUGCUCUUUAUGAGUUAAACAUUUGCGUCAGGUUUGUUGUUACAGUAACACAAACAGUCAGCUGGUUUCUUGUCACUUAACUAUGAGGUUUGGUUGUAAAAAGGGAGGGCAUAGUGCUCUGCUGUACAUGUAUCGUCUUGCAAGCUGCUACCAGAAAACACUCACUGACCCACAUUUGAGAGAUGUCCCCAUACCAAUUCUUCUUAAACUGGGAAAGCACAGAGCUAACUGGACAACAGGGCAGCAAAGCACAGGACAAGACAGUAGCCUAGUUUGAGAUUCUUGCCGUUUUUAGGAGUUUCACCUAAGGGGAGUAAACCUGUCUGUCUGUUUGGGGUGUGUGUUUCGUGUGGGGGGCCGUGGCGCGAUAGAUGAGUGUGAAGUUGGCAGGAUGUCCAAAAGGAAGACAUCAUUGUUCUGGGGAGGGGGAGGAAGGCUCAUGGCAAACCGAUGAGGAAGUACAUUUGGUGUGAGAACACCCAACUCAGUGUGUUUACACAUUUAUUACCAUAGUUAUUGUUCUUAUGUUUUUAAUAGACUUUUUAAAGCCUGUUGAAUGUGUCUGAAUUCACACAAACUGGUUUUAAAAUUAGACUAAACUCUUCAUCAGUGCUUUUCAAACAGCAAGAGCUUUAAGGGUUUGUAAAGUAUAGUUAAAGGGGUAUUGCGGUGUAAAAUUAAGUUAGGGUCAAACACACCAUAACACAGAGUUAGACACCCGCUCGAGAGAUUAAUGUUGCCGACCGCAGGACAGCAGUACAGAGAGCCCAACCAAAACGCCACUCUUUAGCCACAAAUAAUGCUCAGAACAGCACCUAACUUCAUCAACAGUACAUAUAAGGUCCCAGCCAUAGUACUAGCCACCAAACAUCUUUUUAGCGUUGCCUAAAAGACUAAACACAACUCACCUACUCUCUUCCAGCAGCCGUUUGUUUGUAGCGAGACCUCGGGCCGGUCCAUUACAAACUGCUGCGGGUUGACGCAGCUCAAGGAAGAACAUUUAUGAGUAUUACUUCAUGAAAUUGCAAUCAGACCGAGACACUGAUGCAGAAGAACUACCAAGUCUGCAGUGCAAAAUGAUUCAUAUGGUGAUUACUACUUUAAGGAAAUGAUAAAGACAUGAUCAUAAAUGUUCUUCCUUGAGCUGCGUCACCCCGCAGUAGUCCGUAAUGGACUGGCCUGACGUCUCGCUACAAAUAAGCGGCUGCUGGAAGAGAGUAGGUGAGAGAGAAGAGUUGUGUUUAGUCUCUUUGCUAAAGAAAUUAGGCAAAGCUAAAAAGAUGUUUGGUGGCUAGUGCUAUGGCUGGGACCCUUACUGUUGAUGAAGUUAGGUGCUGUUCUGAGCAUUAUUUGUGGCUAUAGAGUGGCGUUUUGGUUCAGGUUUGUCUAAGGCUCCUCAGACCGCUGUGUAUUGCUAGCUAAAAAAGUUUAUCUGGACUCUUGAAUGUCUUAAUUGAUUGGCAAAGUGGGAGACAUUACCGAUCAGACUCUGCUGCCUUUCUGUAGGUGAUGAUACUAAGUUGUCUCCUUGCUCUGUGUUUAUCCUGAAAAAAAAGAAUAGAGACAUUUCUACAGAGCAGACUAAGUUGUUUUGUUGUUUUUCUGAACAACCAUGUGAAUACAUCCUCAGAACAAGAUUUAGUAUCUGUCAAAGCAGAAUAUGAGUAAGAAACAGUCAUUCAGUGUUUCAUGGUUGUGCAAACAGCUUGGCCGGGACCAGAAAAUGCUCUGAGGUUUCAUCCUCGUGUACUUUUCUCGCUGUCUCUGUUUACAGUUUGUGUUGUUCUGCGGAUGCUUGGAUGAAAGAGAUGUCGAAGCACAUUCAAUCAUUUCCUGUGAGAAAGUUUCAGUUUGACAGCCACAACUUGUUGGACUUCCUUGUGAGUCGCGCAUCAUCUGGAGCUUCAGGAGGAGCAGUGUGGGGCUGGAAAUACCUUGUGUUAAGUCUGGUACCUGCGGGUCAGUCUGGAGCUGUUGUGAGGACAGUGUUGCCCGUGUGUGUUGGUUGAGGUGGGGUCGUUCCCUUGGUGAGGGCCUUGGGGAUGGUGGCGACAGGGUAACCUGAGCCGCUGUGAAGCAGCUGUAGCCACGCAGAGCUGAUCCCCCGAGGUCCAGUGCAGAUCAGAUGAUGGUCCAGUAUGUGUAUGAGGGUAUGUGUGCGUGUGUAUCUGAGUGUGUGUAUAUAUAUAUAUAUUAAUGGAUGUGUUUUUGAACAGCAUAGUUUCUACUUUGGACAAGUGCACACUAAACUGUGUCGCACCAAACCUCAUAGAGUUUUUGGUGAUUUUAAUCCCUUGUCCAAGUUUAAUAUUCAAACAGGUGUGUAAGUAUUUGAGAGGAUGUGUCCAUAUUUAUGUAACGUUAAUCUUCAACAAUUUGACAGUUAUAAAAAAUGAUAGCCAGUGUGGUUCUAGUUUCUUUGAGUGUGUUAGUGCGUGUGUAUAUGCACGUUUGACAGGUAUUAAGUCUCUAAUUUAUAAGUGUGACACCCCAAAUGUGUUCAAACCAAACUUCACAGACUUUUGGGGUACUUUUUAGUCCUUCUCUCUGAGGUUAAAUGCUAAUAAAAAUGAGUCCGGGUGUGUGUGUGUGUCAGUGAGCUCAUGUUAUAGCGGCAGGCCAAGACAGCUGGCUGAAGGUUAAUGUGUCACAGCUCUCUUGGGAGCAGCUGCUAUGUCACAGGCACCACUCGUGUCUAUAGAUAGCCAUGAAUACAAACUCUUCCUCUUUUCUCCGCUGCAUUAACACAACAGCUCUGUCCCCGGCAUGCAGCUCAGGCCUCUCAUAUGAACUUAGUCCACAAGCCAAAUGCUGCUGCUCCCAGGUUUGACCUCCUCCACUCCCAGAUUCUGGAUCUGGAAGAGUCUGCUGGUGGUUAAGAUCUCACUGCAGCCUCUGAGCCAGCUGGCUGGGAACCUGUCUGAUUACUGUAAUAACUUACUCCACAUAUCUGGAUAGUCAUCUGCAGUAUUAAUGCCUGAAACAGGUGAGGGACUAAAACUGCUGUUUUUCCCGUCACUCUUGGCAGGAUUGUCAGAAGCUGUCUUAACACUUGUCUGGUCUUUUUUAAGAAGCGCAUGCACGCACACAUACAUAUCCAAACUGACAUUAUGACAGCCCGACAUAGUGAUGCAAAUUUAAGAGGUGCAGAGGUGUUCAUUAUGAGGCUCUCACAGGUGUAAUAUAAAGCGGUGUUAAAUCUGUUUUUUUUUUUUUUAAUUAGAUGAACUCAGAAACCCGCUGAACUCACUGAACCUCAGCUCACAAGUUACUCUUUCCACGAGAAAGUAGACCAGUGUUUAAUGGCAGGGUUUUUGGUGGGAUUCCUAAUUAUUGAUUCAUUUAAUAAUUUAAAGCUUAGUAAGUUUCUCUGUAACAAAAACAGACCACAGUAGACAACAGGUCUGUUACUGAAGGAUUAAAACAGAACAGCCGCAAACAAUGAGUACACAAAAGACUUAUUAACAGCUCUAUCAUUAUCAAUUAUUCUUGCCAAAAAAAAGUAACUACUUAUGCCAUACAGUGCUAACAAAAGAAAGUCAUUUACAAGCAUGAUACCACCCAGUAACCACAGCUGGUGUGCAGGCUCUUUGAAACAACUACAAAGGCUACUGAAGAGCUGUUUGUGUUUGCAGUUUGAUUUGGAAACUGAUAUCCUGAUAACCCCCUCCUGCCGUCUGCUCUCAGUUAGAUAUUUGAGUGGUUUGUUGUUCUCUUUAAACAGCCAUGAAAGGCCGGUAGGACCUGCUGCUUUGACAGGCAUGCUAAUGCUUCACUCCCAAACGGACGCCAGGUGACUUGACUGUGGCUCAGAUCAGAUGAGUCCAUGCCGGGGUGAUUAUCUGUGUAAUGAGAAGAAAAAGAGUCUGUGAUAAUGGUAACGCUUUUGAUUAAGAAAUGUCAGGACUUUUUGUAUCAUGAAUUCUCUGAAAAAGGACUGUGAGGCAAAGAAAAGAGUAAUAUUUUAGACUGACGGUAGUCGGCUGCUUGUCUGAUAACAUCAGAGCAUAUCUGUUGAUCUAAGCGCCCUGCUCUGAACCCAGCUGGGUCCACAAGGCUUAUCUGUCACUAUUCAUACAGGCCUUUCAUCCCAUUCAUAAACAGUGUUAUCAUGUAAAGAGUAAGUGGUGCUUUUCUUUCAAAUCCUGCAUUUGAUUUCAGGUUUGUGGUUUAACUUUUCCUGACAUGCUUGAAAACAGAGAACCUGAGCUGAAUUCCUGUUGUGUGUGAAUCUUAACACCUUUUCCUUCGAAAGAUAACUCUGAGUAUUAGUUUACUAAUUUUCUUUAAAUAGAAGAUAACUAGGUCUGGAGGCUAACCAGGCAGUCACUGAUCACACUUUGGCAGCUCAGUCCCAGCCUUCUCCUGUACACAUGCUCAGGUAUAAGCCAACCUCAGUGAUACCUCUACAACAUGCCAGCACACUCUGAAGUUACCCACUGCGAUCAUUUUGCACAUGUUUGCAUGGAAGGGCGAAUUGGCAUCAUAAAAUUUUGGAGCAUGUUACAUACAGAGAGUCAGACUUCAAAAGGUCGAAUCAAAGAGAUUCAAAUUUUAUUGUCCUCAGCCCACAAGUGUUCAAGUGUGUGCUGAGCAAGCUGAUGAUAAGUCCCCUGUUUAACUUUGGUGGCUGAUUGAGGUUGAGUGAUGGUUAAUUGACAUACUUUAGUUUUUAUGUUUUUAACCCAUAUAUUUGUGUAUUUAUUGCACAUACAUCAAUGUGCCUUGUGUUUACCAAGGCAACAAGACAAAUUUAUCUGCAGUGACAAUAAAGUAGAACCUGCAUGUAGGACUUGAUACCAGUAGUAACACCUUCUCUUGCAUUUCUGUGUCAAAUGACAGUUUUAAUCACAUCAUAUAUCAGAUUGGAACAACAUCAGAGCUCUUAGUGGGGCUGAAAUAAUGAUAUGACUGCAGCAAUAACAGUAGAAUAUGUUAAGGCUGGGAUGAUACGCUUUUCUAAUGAUUCGAUUCUUCUACGAUUUUUUGAUGCCGAUUUGAUUGAAAUUGCGAUUCUACAAUAUUGGCGGUUUUGUUGAUUUUUAGUCUGCAUUUUUAACACCAGUGAAACAGUUGAAUUAUUAUGAUUGUCUACGGACUAUUCCAGGAACCAUAUUUUCCCCCAAAAAUACACAUCACAUGUAAGUCAGUUUUUCAGAUUUAUUCUUAAAUUUGAAAAGAAAAAAACAAAAAUUGUAAAAAAAAAAUCGCGAUACUCGAUUUUUUUUUCUCCCACCCCUAGAGUAUAUGGUAUUUACUGCUAGUAUAGAUUUUGUCCUAAAGGGUUACAUUAUUUCUUAUAUACAGUAAGAAUACAUUUUCCUGUUUCAUUUAAAUAUGCCCCAGUUUUCUGAUGCUAGGGAUCCCUUCUUCCUGGCAACGCAUUUACCAGAAUCCAGGACCCUAAUCUCUAAAAUUAUUAUUGAAAUUGGUGUUUAAUAGCUGCAGCCUGAUGAGCCUCUGUUGAUGAAUGGUAUGACCUGUCAAACAUCCAAAGCCUUUAAAAUACUUAAUAAGCUGUAAUGUGAGAUUUAAAAAAUGCUUUAAAAUGCUCAAAUGCACUCAUUUCAGCAGCUGAGAUAGUUCAGUGUCCUUAACUAGACCAGUCAGUGAUAAAAAGUGUUUACCGACUGCUCAUGAAUUUAUUCAUCUCUACAUUAAACCCCCUUUUCAGUCCUUAGUAAUAUACAAAAACAUCAACAGUCUCACAGAUGUAUCCAUAAAGAAAAUAUUCAGCUUCAUUAAGAACUGAACUUUCACGACAAAGAUCAAGUGACGGUCAAAACCCCCGGCGUGUCUUUGAUGUGCAGCUACAAACCUUAAAUACUGAACUUGCUCUUCCUCUGCUAUCUGACUAUUGUACCACAUAAGGAGCUUGUAGAGGUGCAGGCCUGUCAAUCAAGCUGCUGUUACCAUGGCAGCAGUGUUGAUCAGCUGAUGUGGAAUCUUUUUGCCUGUAAGAUCUAAGGCUGAGCAUCAGUGGUAUGACCAGGUCUCCUUCUGCCGGUGGUUUUUGCUGAAGUGUCUGUUUUAGUUCAAAGACACACACACACAGAUUUGCACGGUCCCGUCUAUCAAUUGCUUUCAGCCUUGUGGACACAGGUGACACACGUGACAAGAGAGAGAGCGGGAUGAGGGAAGUAUGCUCGUCAGUUUGAAGGGAAUAGAGCAAAUGAAAGAGGCAGAAAAGCUGAUUUUUCUCCUGUGCGCCUGCCGAAAAGUGUUGAGGUUCAAACUGAAUUUCACUCUCGAAGCAAAGCCUCACCUGGUGCAGAGUGCGGGGGAAGAAGCACGCCUGCCUGGUUGUUAUGCUCAGCUCAGCUCUGCUCAGCACCACGCAGCACACCACAACCUCCUGCGUCGCUCGAAACAGCCAACUUUUUUCCUGUGCACAAUGCAGCCUUUAUACACGGCCUCCAUAAUGGAGCCAGCUCCUUCACUCAUGUCCUCAUUGUCUUGGCCAGGAUGAGAAAAGGCUGCUCUUUAGGGAGAGCGAGGCUGAGCUCACCCGUGAAUCAUGCCAACAGUCACGCUUGUUCUCCGUCUUCUGUGAGCCAGAAAAGGGGGGAUGGGGGGCAAACGUUUUCCAGGACCCCAAUCCACUAGGUAGACAUGUUAAGGUGGUUAACAUCACCCCGUAGGGUAAGAGAGAGGUUAUGACCUUGCUUUUUCCUGUGUCUGUGGGUGGCCCAGUGCAGCAUUCACCCUAUGGCGGUGAUGGUGGAAGAAUAAGUGGGACAAUUGCUCUGACUCCUGCAGCGACGGUGGCUUGUUGCAGCUCUAGUCUGGUGUUGCAGGGGUCUGCAGGGGGGGGGGUGCGGUGGUUCUUCACAGCAGGAACUCUGGCCUUACCCUCUCAGCAGCCCUCUGUUCUCCAUCAGGAGCGCAGUGGCUGUUUGCUCGGGGCUGCGGCAGGGAAAGGACAGAAUCCAUAUGAAGCAUACGUCUGCUGUCACCACUGCAGUAUCCACGGUACUCCACCUCCCCCCUCCGCUCUGCUUCCAAACGGCGAGCUCUGUACUGCAGGAAAACAGAGGUGAAAGAUGGGAUUUGGCACGCAGAUGCAGGUAGAAGAGUUUGUGAGCUGAGAGUGGUGUUAAGGUGGGUGUCAACGGCCGGUUAAGGAAAUGAAAUGCAGACGUAGUUAAGAGAAGGGGGGGCGUUGCUAUAGGUUGUGAGAUGGUGUGAGACGGCAAAUCAGCAUGCAUGCACUCUACCGCCGUGCUCUGCAUUUCCAGCAUGGAAAAAGCAGCAUGGUUGCCAUGGAAACAAAUCCUGAAUUAGUGCAGGGCUCUCUUGGACCCCUCCACCAACCCCACGUUUCCCUCUCCCUCUUUCCCUCUCCCUCCCCCCUCCUCUCAGCAGCCCUGGUGCUCAGACCUCAGACCGGCCUACUUAUGGGAGCAAGGAUAAGGCUCUGUGUAGAGAUCAUGUCCAAAGCUCCGCACUCGAUCCCAGAGCAGUAACGUGGGCCAGUGGAUACCGUGUGCAGUAGACAGACUCCGGCCUCACACACACACACCCACCCACCCACCCCUUCCUCUGUAAUGCUGCCAUUAAAUUUCCAUGGAACACUCAGAAAGUGAUUUGUAUCUUGAGUCUGCCGUAUAGUAGGUCAUAUCCCGGUUAUUUAUGAGAUGUUAAUGUGCCCCCUCAUGUCCCCUUCAUACGCUCUCGUAAAUCAAGAGGGGGAUUCUCAGUAUUGCCAUGGAAACGCAACAGAGAUUGACUGCAAGAACAAUCAAUGUAUGCUCUGGCAGUUAAUCCCUAAAAUACUCCUUAUUUGCCAAUCCUAUCAUAUAUAUAUCAGAUUUUAGAUCAAGAUUACACUUAGUUGAUGAUAAUAUGAGAACAGAAUAAUACUUAGAGCCUGAGGUGAUAGCUUUGUAAGAGAUCCCACUUGGACUACUUGGAGUUUGAACCAAAUAAUGACAUGACUUUUUUCUUUCAUAAAACAGUCAAAAACCUUCGACUCUUUGGUUUUCAAUGGUAUAAAACAGAAUAAAGCAAAACCAACAAGUACAAGCAAGUAUUUCUCUAAUUAGAAAAAAAACAUACAAUGACCUGCAACCUCAGAUAGUUUAAAUUCAAUUUUCUCAUGAUUGAACUGUUGAUAUUGAACGCAAAAAGCAUGCAGGGAACUUUUAUAUCAAGCGUGUAGUUUUAUUCUUCAGUGGGGACACAGAGAGCUGCUGCUGCCAGUGCAGAACUCUAAAUCAGGGACCAUUAAAUCACCAGAUUUUUGAUGGGUGCCUUGUCUCCCUCGGGGCACCUGUCAGCAGUAAAGAUUGAACCGUUUUCCUGCAGGAGUUCUGAGUUCACUUUUCUAUCCAGGGCACGUGUUGCAUGAUGUGUUUGAGGCUGCAGCAGGACACUGACUGACUUCCUUUUUGGCCCGCUGGAGCCGAUUUGUCAUGUAGCGGUCUGAUGUCAAGCUGUUGUGACAUCCGAGUUGAUGUUCUGCCUCAUCUCAGCCCCUGGAAUAAUUAGAUUGAUUGCUGCUUGACUUAGAGCGGGGAGGAAAGUCUGUGUUAACGUGGGAUGGAAGAUUUGCAAGAGGAGAUCAGAUUAGUAAAAAUAGAUAUUCUGGCCUAUUUGGAUAAAAAAAAACAGCGCUGUGGAGGGGAAGAGGACUCAAUCCCUCCACAUAUGGAGGACUUUAUAAACACAGUGAGUAUAUAAAACUGUGUUUAUCAGCUGUCAUCAUUUUAUCAACUGCUCAAUUUACAGAGAUAAGGUUGUUACAUUAUUAUACGUUACAUCUAGAAAAUAAGUUCAGUCAUUUUCGAUACCUCGCUGAAUCUGUAAAUAUCUACAGUAUAAACUGUUCUUGUGUAAUGCAAGUACACAUGAUCCGCUGUUUAAGAUUGCGUCUUUGCUCUGUCCCAGUUUGCUUUGGCCGGCGGCCCACUUUAGACAGACAGUUGCUGCUGUCCGCUGUGCAGAGGGAACUGGGCCAGCCUCGCUGCCUCUUCAAACUCUGUAGAAACUUUUUAAACCGGAGUUUGCAGAUUAUUAAACAGCUGCAGGCCUUAUUUCUUACUCCUGAAAGUGGAUCUUUUGAGAAUUAUUUACACUAAGUUUGCCUUUGAAAAUACCAAUACGCAGUUUGUUGUUCCACUUCUCUUAUAAAGUCUUGUAAUACAACCUCAGAGAGAGUUUUCUAUUUUUACAAAAACACAGUCGAAAUAAAACAGAAACAGACUCAUAACAGCGCACAGAGGGGUUAAAAAUUCCCCAAGGGUCCCGCCAAAGGAGCCCACCUAACACUAAAAUCAAGAACCUUUAAUGUCUUGAUAUAAAUCACUGUCAUAUUUCUUUUACUCUACAGAUGAUGUAAAAUGUGACUCUUAUUUUCUCGUUCUGCGUUGCUGCUUUUACCUGUUCACUUGGGUGCUAAAGUUAAAAGUUGGGGGUUUUCCAGUACACACACUGCUCAGUCAUGCAAUGAGCAGCAGGCAAAUGAAACAGGUGUUUGCCAAAAUGACUUAUACAGUUCUCUGAAUGUGUUAUAAUUCCUCAGAAACCUCACGUCUCUAUUUUCUGCACUUUGUAUGUCUGCUUUUUGACAGAAUGAGGAUGACUGAUUACUGCUCUAAAAAUGAAGCUUUGUCUUGUUUGAGAAAUAGAUUCUGUGUAGUUAAAACUGUUGAGUAAUAUACUGCUGCAGUGACUAAGAUGUUGUGUGUCUGAACAAAAAUCAGGUUAUGAGUGAUAUCUGAAAGACAAAGGCCGUCACUCGUGAAGUGUUGUUGGGCUCCGAGCCCUGAGGAGCGGCUUUACUCAUGUGUUUUCAUGUCUGGCUAGCUUUACUCAUCAUCAUCAUCGGCGCAGACAGACUCUUGUCCAGAUCUGCAGAAGUCGUGGAGUCAUGAUCUCUACAUUUAGGUCACAGAGAGAGGAGCUGCUUGUAAUCUGACAAACAUUCCCAAACAUCUUCUGUCUUGAUUUGACAUCUCUUCCCCUCAUCACGCAAACUCCCCCCCCUCUCUUUUUCUCUCUCUCUUCCACACACACACACACGAGCUGCCUCCAGCUCUCACACUCCGUGGCUCUCAUGCACACAGUAAAUGCGGCUGGAAUGUGUGAUGUGGACUCGCUGCGGCCCGGGCUAGUCCUGCUCCAUUCAGCGGCAAAUCCCCCUGGUUUAGGAUUUGCUUUUUCAGUCCUGUGUGCCAGCGACCGUACUCUAAACUCACCGUAAGAGUCUCUCACCCGCUCGUCAUGUUUUCCCAGCGGCAGGAAUGUAAAGUAAUGUGCCUGAAUGAGCUGAGUCACAAUUAACGUCUCGGUGCUGAUUGGUGCAUUCUUUCUUCACACAGUCAGACACCUGGUGAUCCCCGAGUGUCUUUGAUUCCAGUUUCCUGCUGUGGGAUUGUGAAACCUGGCUGCAGGCGAAUGAGUUGUACUCUUUUGAAUGAAAAGCAGUUUACACUACAGACAUUAUCGGUGAAAUGUCACGGCCUGUAUCAACAAGACAGCUGACAGAUAGAAGGAGUAUUCAACUGGAACUAAAACAAGCUUGCUCUGUUUUUCUGUCUUACGGCUCUAAUCUGUGAUGUUUAAUCUGUGUUCAUCAGGCCUCCCCUUCCCGAGAGCUCCAUGGAGAAAAUGAAGAAGUUUAAACGGCGUCUCUCUCAGACCUUACGAGGCAGCCACACCAUCGACGAGUCGCUGUCUGAGUUGGCUGAACAGAUGACCAUAGAGGAGAACGGCCUGAAGGACAGUGGUGAGUGAAAGAGGAAAGAAAUGGAUCACUCUGUAGUCUUUGACAUUAACAACCAGGGUUUCUGUCAAACAGUGACUCAUGUAAAUGUUCUUUAUUCAUACAACCCUUUACAACAAACCUUUCAGUGAACCAAAGUGCUUUACAGUACAUAGAAAUUAAAAAUGAAUAAAUAAAAACAAUAAAAAGCAAUAAAAAAAGAAUAAGAUAUAAUAAAAUAAAGUGUCUUCAUGCUACUGGGUAUUAAAAGCCAGAAUAAAUAAAUACAUUUUCAAUCUGGAUUUAAAAGGCCCAGGUUGGAAAUAAGUCUCAUUUCGGUGGGGAGCUUAUUCCAGAGCCUGGGACGAAAAGGCUCGGUCACCUAGUGUUUGUGUUUUGACCUGGACAUCUCCAGCAGAAGUUGAUUUGACAACCUCAGAGCUCUACCCGGCUCCCGAACAGUUAAAAGAUCAGUUAAAUAGAUGGGGGUGAAGCCAUUAAGAGCUUUAAAAACAAAUAAUAAAAGUUUAAAAUCAAUCCUAAAAGAGAUGGGAAGACAGUGUAGGUAGAUAAGGACAGGAGUGAUGAGUUCACGUCUGUUAGCAUUAGUUAAAAGACGGGCAGCAGCAUUUUGCACAAGUUGAAGGCGACUAAGAGAUGAUUUGGAGAUCCCAACAUAAAGUGCAUUACAGUAGUCUAAUCUUGAACUGAUUUGAGCAUGGGCGGCUAUCUCAAGGUCGUGACUCAUGGGCUUGAUCAAACACACAACCAAUAUGUUGAAUUUCCAGCAUGUUUGCCUAAUAAAGUACGAGGCUGAAAUGGGAUUUAGUGCUUCAUUUUAAUGUAUUUACUGAAGACUUUUAUCCAAAUCCAAAUUUGAUCAAACUCUGAUCCAGAAGCUCAAGCCUAAAACUCCAAAGGAUUAAAUAUUUUGUUCAUGUUUCUGACUUCAUUUAUAUUCAUUUUCUCUCAUUUGUGUGAUUGUGGACACUCAGUGCUCCCAGCUCUUCCACCCUGUCCCUAUGUUACGUCACCUCUUUGGAUUGUCUGAAGGUUGAGGCCUUUCAGCCGUCAAAAUAAAAGCAGUGUAUCGCAGCAGCUUAUCUCUGCUGGUAUUCACAAAAUCUUGUGCACCGAGCGAGGGUUCAAGUCUCGUUGUGCUACAACCCUGUUCCCAUGGCGCUUCGGAUCUGGAAACAUUCUAGAGUUUCCAUGACAUCGCCACGGCAACUUGGAUGACUUGGUGAAACCAUUUCCUCCUGAUUUUUUUUCACCGUCUAGCUCUUCUUCUCCUUCUCUUUGGCUGCCCUGACCCUUCCCAACAAGCUUCUUUCAGGCCUGUCCUCAGUUUUCCCCCUCUUGUUUUUUGUCCAAAUGAGAAGCUUUUUUUUUCUUCCUCAAUCAAUCAGAUCGUCCAAGUCCACUUCACCCCUCCCCCCUCCCAACCGCCCUCUGAGAACUAACCAGGCUUUGUAAAGAGCUUUUUGUGCAGUGAUUAACACCAGGUUUGGCCAGAGUGUUCUGUGCUUGGAGUGGGGACACAGAAUCAUGUUGUGUUUGUGUGUUUGAGCCUGCGUGAGUGAGGGGAUUUCAGCAGCCUGUGUAGCAGUAAGAAGGGUAGAGAGGAGACAGAACGGAGUAGCCACAUGAGAUGGGAUCUGACCUCAGUGAUUGGGGGGAAAGCGUUCUGGUCCUAAUCUGAUUAUAUAACACGUAUAACUCCGGCCAGAGGCAGCAGCAGCAGCUGCGCAGAGAUAAGGGACAAGUGACAGAAGGACUUAGAUGUUACACGGGGGCUGUUUGUUAUUUUGUUUUUAAAGGAAAUCGAGGAAAAUGAAAAACUCCUACAAAACAAAUUCAUUAAGGUUAUGAUAAAUCUUUAAAUACAGGGAAAAACAAUCAUACUUGACUAUUUUUUAGACAUGCUGUCAAAAGCUGAAAAGAAGGUUCACUGGUGGAGUUAUCUAACUUUACAACAAUGACUGAGUAAUCUUAGAUUGAAGUGAUAGAGAAAAAAAAGUUUGAAAAAUUUGAACAUCUGUGCUCACAUUUAUUAUCAUUUUAUAGCCUAACACCUACGUUACCCUGAAUCAGCGCUGAAAAGGCUGCCUCAACCCUGCAAGUUUAAUUUUGGCAAUAAACACCGAAAAUAGUUCGACCCUGGAACCUGGAAGCCAAAUAAAUCUGACAGUUAUGAGAGGUGGUGUAACUGGUGGUAUGGCUCGCUUCCUUUCAAAGCUCAUGAAUUUUGCCCUUCUGUAGGCUUUAAAGUGAAAGUAUGAAGCACCACACUGUAACUACGCAGAUUUUUUCCUGCCUCAGACUGAUUUUGGCUGAAGAUAGAUUUGACAGAAAAGCUGCCGUGUUUAUCCAGCCAUAGAAUCAGGCUGGUGGUGGAUUUAUCUAAUUAUGUGUUGGAAGGGUUGCUGUGCUCUCAAUGAAAGACAGAACAUACGGUGAGGUGUUACAAAACUGUGUUCAAAAACUGCAGCAAGAAAGCAGUGACUGGCUGAUACACUGUAUGUUGUUGUAGUAUAUUGAACUCUUGGAGUAUAUUUUUGCAUGUUCAGACCCAACAACACUUCUACCACAUCUUUUUGCCUCUAAUGGUAAAAAACUUGUGGUGUAUCGAACUUUGUAAGAGUUUUGAAUUGCUGAUGUGGAUCCAUGCAAAGUUUGAUUUUAGGGCACCCCCCCCUCCUCUAUCCGGAUUUUACUUCACAAAAAAAAAAGCAAAUAUCCUUCACUUUGGGACAGUCUACAGCAUUAAAAGCUUCUUAAGUUGAUAAGAAGCAGACAUCUGGUGUCCGUAUUUGUUUUAUCUACUUUCACAGCCUUUCCUCUACUUUGCUAACCGAAGACGAGAACGGCCAUGGAUUUGUCUUUUUUUUAUGCACUGUUAUCUUGUGAUAAUGACUUGUCUUGUUAUUUCGAUAAAACAAACAUCAUUUUCUUGUGAUAACGGAAAUGACGUUGAAGCUGACCUCAAAUGGUAACUUUUAAAAACGCCCUCCAGAGUGGGUUUUUUCUGAAACACGGCCAUCGUUGUCAACAGCAAGCCGGGGUUUUCAGUGAAAACACUGACGGCACGCUCCACUUUACACAUGCGCAUUACACUUUCAACAUGAGAACAUUUAACUGCCAUAUGUGAAUUGGACAACAACAGUAACAACGGCGGACACAUUACUAAUUCAAUAUCAAGAGUAAACGAUCUUUGUUAUGUCAAGAAAAUGAGAUAAUAAGCCGUUAUCACAAGAUAACCGAGCAUGAAAAAUAGAAAUUCAUGGCUGUUCUCAUGCUUCAUAUCAAAUAUUUGUAAUUUGAUUUUAUAUUUUGACCAACGUUGAAUACAUCUGAAUUCAGCUCAGUCUUAUUCCAGCCUCCACACACUGACCUCUGACCUCUGCUGAACUUUUAAACCCUGUCUCCCUUUUUUUUAAACCCUCUCUAAUUUUCUGUGAAGAGUAUUAUUUGCUUUCUAAGUGUUGCCUUUUACCUCCUCAUCAUCACUUUCUUAUUUUACACCUUUUGUCAGUCAGUUUCUCUCUGUGUGAUCUCGCUGCCUGCUUCGAUAAACAGCUCCUCUGGGGCUCCAUUUUCUCCACACUUUCACAGUUGGGGCUUUAGUUGGUGCUAGUCUACACAUAAUAAAUCUUUUACCUCUGUCAGCCCGAUUCUCGCCUUCGGACAAAUGCUCCUCUGUUGGGCAGUUGUAGGGCCCUUUCUAAAGACAUAAUACACUGCUGAGACUACAAGACAAUAUGCGUACACACAUGACUCUCUCACUUAUUUACUCUGGUAUUGACAGUUUUCAGUUUCAGUGUUACACCGGAGAAAGAAGCAGACCCUGGUGCAAAAUAACCACACCUGUAAAAAGUAAUUUAAAAAGUAAUAAAGGGGAUGUUAACUUAGGAUCAUAUCUCAAACUCUUGAACUUACUGCUGUAAAACUUGUCAUUUCUCAGUGAUUUAACACAAACCGUCAGUUUUCUGUUAAGAGUUCAGUAACAGGAACACACACUUCAUGUUGAAUAGUAUUUGACAUACAGUCACCUGUUUUACAAUGUUACUGCGGCUAACCCAUAUCCGUGUGAAUCUAUGCAUCAGUUGAUAAGGAGUUAAAACCUCUUAUGUAACUGCGAUUAUUUCAUGCACUCUGGUUUUAUGCAAUGUAACCACAGAUGUAUCAUCUGUGCGACACAAAGCCUGAAGUCUGUUUGCCAACAGGUUCUUCAAAUACUCACACCACUGAAUUAUGAUUAUAAAAACAGACUCAUCGCUGACGUUAUUUAGAUUCAUACUUAUUCAAUCUGAGAAUAACAUUUCUGUGACUCUUUGUAAAGAUUGAAAGUAAUACUUAAAGAUUUAACAACAGAGACAAAUUCGGUCAUUAGAAAAUAGAAGGUCUGAAUGUCUUAAUCCCAGAAAUGAUUUUAGCGGUUCUGUUGUGUUUCUGAAUCUGAACACACAAAUUCAUCUUAAGACAAAAUCGCUAGCGAAGAUUUAUGGAUGUGGGGUUGAAUUAAAGUCAUAAAUGUUAACAUAAAGGUAAAAGUGGUGGAUCCUUCUGUUCUUAACUUUGACAGUGAUUAUACCUCAACAAAAACUGAGACUGAAAGAAGUAAGCAUAUGUUUUAAACUUAUAAAAGGGAGAAAAGGAUCAAAAACUUCGUUGUCUUUCAACAGUAUCAUAAUAUAUUGAAUAAAUGUUGUAGAUUUUCCAGCCCAUACUGUUACCAUUAUACACUGUUAAACUGCUGUAGACCCCAAUAAGAAACUGUAGACUUGAGUUUAAUAAUUCAUACUCUUGACACCAGUGUGUUUGUUCUUCCACAGAGCCCAUAGUGAGGAAUGGCCGUCCUCCGUCAGCCCACAGUGUCCACUCCUUCCUCCACCAGUACACAGGCUCCUUUAAGAAGCCGCCGCUGAGACGGCCUCAGAGCGUCAUUGGAGGAGGCCUGGGCUCACUCAUGGUUAUGCCGCGCAACGGCAGUCGCCUCGGUGAGACACAGUGACACACACAGACGCACAACAGUGACUUUAAAUCAGAGAUAGGGGACAAGCAGAUACUAUUAUUUAUAUUAUUAUGGUCUUUUAAUAGGAGGAUCAGGAUCUUGAUUAUAUUACCGCUCUUUUUGAAGUUGCUAACGUCAAUUAGUUAAACUAAUGAUAAUAUUGUCCUUGAAGAAAAUAGAAUAAAGACUCUUUUAGUCAAAGUGUUAUUUUGAUUUCAUCUCAUGCAUUUUAACCAACUCAUACUGAAUACAAUGGAAACCAAAAUGUUGACAUAGGAAUGACUACAAGUUAUUGCACGAUUUUUGAAAUGCAGUGUUGUCAUAUUCAGCAUAGAAAGCUAAAUGCAGUGGAUUCACUCAAUGUGGUGGAUGUCCCAUUUAUAAAUUCCAUGGUCCGUAUCAGCGCCUUAGGUCUGCAUUCAAGACAGCAUCAGUGUGUGUCUGUGUGUGAGUACAGGACUGCACAGAUUGAAUCUCUGUAUUUGCAGACCGUGAACACAUUAAAAUCUUUGAUGAUCUAAUACGGUCCUAACAUACACCCCUGAUUUUAAAUACAGGUGAAGUAAAGGUGAUUAGGAAGUUUAUAUUUAUCUCAAAUAGGAUGCACAGAUAUCUACACGCAUCAUAUCUUUAAAACUACAUUACAUUGUUUUUAUAAUAAGGAUGGGUCUACACACACACUGACCUGCAUUAUGUGUAAUUAUCAGUAAAAAAAAUUCUGCCAGAGGCAAAUAUUAGUUAGACACAGGAAAAUAUCAGACAAAAAACAACAAGUCCAGUGUCAGACUCAGUCACACACAACCAGCCUGUUUUUCUGAAUAACACUGAAAAUACAGUUUUUAUCAUUACAGCUAACUGUAAAGCUUGAUUUCCUAAACUAAAUGCAGUUUAUACAUCUGCAGCUUUCUCGUUUUAUAAAGUUGAAGCCCUGGGGGUAUGGUGGAGUUCUUUAUAUGCACAAAAGUCUUCAUAAAAUUACAGUGUAAUGUGUUUUUAUGAUGACUGGAUUUGCCUCGUGAGGCCCUUUGGCAACAAAAUGAGUGAGAAUUAUCUGCCAGUUUUUCUAAACCCUAAAAGAGUCUUGUAUAUAACUAAUGCUUGGACACUACCAGGCGCCUGAUAAGAAGAGAGAGGCUCAUAAAAGUGUCAGUAACAGUGUUUCCUUUCCUGCUGAAGUCAUCAGGCGUUGUCGAGCUCUGCCCCGUGUUUCCACAGACCUGCUCCAUCAGUCAAACCCCUCAUCCUCCUGUCCUCUCCCUGUUUUUCUUUCUGUCCGAAAUCCAGAUAUCGUCCAUGAGAACUUGAAGAUGGGGUCGGACGGGGAGAGCGACCAGGCGUCUGGGACUUCCUCCGAUGAGGUGCAAUCGCCCACGGGUGUUUGUCUGAGGAACAGAGGGAACAGACGUAUCUCUGCAGAGGUGGAAUAUGUUUAUCUGAGCUUUUUUGAAACUUUCAGUGCUCUCUUAUGUUCUUUCUUUGUAAAUGGAAGAACAUGUUGGAGGAUGUGAGUCACUGGCUGCUGUAACAGGUUUUGACAUUUGAAUAUGUUGCCGCUAUGAAUCAUGAAUCAUUCGUUCAGUCGGAGGUUUUACCUGGCUCAGCUGUUCAGACUCCACUUAGAGGUCGUAGAGAGAAUCUUUUUUAGUGGUUAACCAAAACUAAAGACAGCUGCGUGUUUGACGACAGAUCCUGUUUUUAUUCUACAAAGGUGGUAAUUAAUGUGGUGUUAUGACCUUAAGUAGUGUGACAUGAGCACGAAAGUCCUCAACUGCAAUCUCAGUGGCACACACACACACACACACACACACACACGCUCAGAGUGACUUCACACACUGCGAUGCUGAACAUACUUUGGAAAGCUGUUUCACAAAGACUUCACAGUUGCCACCAGUGCCACCCACCCAACCCCCUACUUACAUACUUUCUCUCUUACACACACACACACAAACACACAAACACACACACACAUUAACUGAGUCAGUAAGGGGCAGAUUUUGACAUUCCUCUUGUGGUUACAUAAUGUCAACACAUUAUGGAAAGACUUCUCGCUGUGAUUUUUUAUUAUUUUCUCUCGGUGUCAAAGCUGGAUUUCAUUUCACCCCCCCUAGCAUAGUUUGAAUUUAGAUUCCAGGGUGUGUGAUUUUGCACUCAUUAAACAAGGCUUAGCACUGUUAUCUCCAUCUUGUUAAGUUCGACCACCAGGAAGGUUUUUUAAUGAUAGGGUUUGUCAUCGCUUACCCCAAAAAAAUGACGCCUUUAAGGAGACAGUUGAGGACACAAAUGCAGAUCCAGAUUAAGCAUGCUGCUUUAAUCUGGGAUAUAAAGCAGCAUGAAGUGAGACUCAGUCAGUCGUCUAAUGAUGUUUUCAUCAGAGUGGAUAUGAGGUUUUGACAUAUCUGAACAUUUACACAAAGACUGAAAUUGUGUGAAACUUUUUCUUUCCAGCAAAGCUCAGCAAAGACUCGGUCUCUUUAAUCCAUCUUAAUGGACACUAAUGGGAUUUAGGGGUUGCCCGACUGCCAUGUGUCAAUACAAACGACUCCCCCGGCUUCAUAGUGAAAGUGAACAAUGACAGUAAACUUGAUGAUAAUCACGUUUAUCUGGGUUUAUAUUGAGAUCAGUAUUACUGAACAUGAUCACAACUUUCAACUUUUUUAACACUUUGUAGAACAAAAAUGAAGGUGAAUAAUUAGAAUAAACUCUUAUUGUUAUUUAUAUACGUCAUAGACAGCCAGCCAGAGACAGUUGAACGCAUCUGUACGUCAACUAAAAGGAGCGUUGAUCUGAUUUUUGAUGAUAAUACCAGCUGAAUUUAACAAGACUUCUUGUAAUUUUUUGCACUGUGUUGUUAAAAGUCAAUGAUCUUAACUUUAUCUACUACUUGCAUUUUCUCACAAGCUGCAGUUCUAACCUAUUAUCAAUCCUUUUCAAGCCUUCAUUAUAUCAAGAUCUAGACUAGAGAUAGACUGAUCGAUUAAUCCGGCCAAUUAUUGGUGUUUUGACUUAAUCAGGAAAAUGCCAUGUUGCCAGUACAGCCUGUUCUCCUCAUCCUCAAUACGAGUUGAAGUGAGAGCUGUUCUGGUUUGGUGCUCUGCUGUAAACCAGAUAUGACAAAACAAGCCAAAUAUGGCAGCAAUCGUUUAAUCCUGAUCUUGUUUGUUGACAGUUGUCAUUUAUUUUCAUUGCUGCUUGUUUUAUAGUUGAUUCACUUCUUUUGUGUCUUUAAAGACAAAUUAUUGUUGCAAAACUUUGAAAACGAUCAAACUUAACAUUUGCUCAGUUUAAGAAAUCAAGGUGUUUAAAAACAAACUCAGAACUAUGUACCUGAAAGAGCAGACAUGUGCUUAGAAAUCCUGCUGCUCUUGUGUUUCGAUGUGUGGUCAGUGUUAUCAUGAGUGAGCUACAUGUUACACAGCACCUGAUGAGCUGUUAGACAAAAAUACGAUCUUGUGAUUUAGAAACUGACUCUUCCCUCGCUCUGACCGUGUUUAUUGGUUGGUUUGAUUGCAGGGGGUUUAGGAGCAGACACCAGACAAACAAAACAUGCAGGCCUACACACACACACACACACACACACACACACACACACACACACACACACACACACACACACACACACACACACACACACACACACACACACACAAAAAAAAAAAAAAACUCUAAACUUGUAGUUAAGCUGCUUACUUCAUUCAGGUCUACCCACACAGAGACAUUACACAUCACCUCUUGCUGUGUACCAAGUGUGCGCAUAUAGAGCACCCCGCACUUCCUGUCGGUGUUUCACCAACGCAAAAGGUUCAUGUGGAGAAGAGCGCACAUGAUGAAGUCACUAAUGUGUGGGUAGGAGCAGUGUGAUUGACAGCAGGGCACAUCGAUGAAGAAAUUAAACAAUGUAAACACCGUUCUUUGAUUUUGAACUGAGGGAACAAGGAGGCGAGGAACAUAAGAAGGAAGUACAGGAGGAAGAGUGAGGAAAUCCCUCAGUCUGCGGUCAAGUAGUGGAUUGUUUGUGUCUCACGGGAGAGAAGACAGUGCUGUUUUGGGAUUACAUCACAAGGAUUACUGUAAUACAGUCCAGAUGGGCCCCUGUUGUUACAGAUUAGGACGGGUUGAUUGGAGCACAGGGAGGGAGGUGGGGGGAGGGGCAAAGGUCAGGUGAUGGAUGGCUUUACUUGCUCUGGAGACCAACCGCCAAUCCUGACACAGCAGACAGAAACAACAGGCUGGAUGUAAUGGAUAUAAUGUCAUUCAAAGGUUUUUACAUAAUCAUCCCGGCAGGUUUUUAGUAUGAGUCUGCAAAUAUCUUCUCAUUUAAAGCCAUACGAGGGGAGUCAACUGGAGGGAGAAGACAUUUUAAAGUUUUGUUUUUGGACCAUUUAUGGUUUUAUUUGAUUGGGUGACUUUGAAGGGAGAAACAGAAGAGUGGGUGAAGACAAACAGCAGAGAUCCAUGCUACAAAGACUUCUUCUUGUUAUUAGUUUGGAUUUUUUCCGUGUUGUGCAGCCUUGAUUGAUAGAGAGUCAGUGUACUGUGAUUUAUGGCUCCCUCGUCUUGUGAAGCACAGCCUGUUUGUUUUUCAAAGACAAGUUAUUAACAAAGAAAUUGAGAAACAGCCGCUAUUUAAUUGUCAUCCAACACUUAAGGGAAUAUGGAUUUAGGAAUAUUAAUUAAUUUGGUAGAAUAUACAUGCUGUUUACCACCUGCAGAGCUGCUGACCUUUGACCCUGACCUUUGAUGAGAUAAAUUUCCUAAAAAUGUAUAGAGAUAUUCAAACUCUGGCUAACUGACUAGUAGGGAUGGGCGAUAAAUUAUCGUUUCUGAUAUAUUGUCAGAAAAAUCCUCCAUGAUAAAUAUUUGCCAUCUCAUGAUGAAUAUGAUAAAUGCAAGUUGAUGACGUAAGUGUGAGCAGAAUAACAAACAAACAUGGCCGCAGGUAACGUAGAAGACGUUUCUGAGCAGCUCGUUACUGUUACGAAACUCCACAUGAGGGAUUUCCUUCAAGAGUGGGGCUUAGAUGAGUGCAAUCAGGUAUGCCUGAUAUCAGAUAGUGGACCUGCUGCUGUUCACUCUGUGCAAUAAAAGUUUUCAACAAAUGUUAAGAUAAGAUAAGAUAAGUUAAUUCUUCUUAUCUUAUCUUCAACAAAUGUUGUGUCACAUUUGAGACUUGUUUGAUGUCAUUAGUUUUCGCCAGAACCUACCACUCAAACUUGUGUUUAAGUAUCUUAUUUGACUUCUCUAACUGAGUCAAAAACAUUAUAAUAAUUAUAAUAAUUUUUAUCAGGACUUUUAUCGUUAUCGACAGAAUGGCAAAUCUUAUCAUGAUAAAUUUUUAAGCCCAUAUCGCCCGUCCCUACUGACUAGUUUAAUGUUAAGAAAAAAUUAGGAACCUUUUAAAAUCAGGCUGGUUGUUUUUGACUCUUUGGUCCUCGGCAGGUUCAUUUCCACAUGUCUGCAUGUUUUCCUCUGUAGACUAAUAAACAUCUACGAGCUGCCUGCAGAAAAACAAAUCAUCACAGUCUGCCUUGCUUCUGCUGCAUCACUGUUUGUGAUUGAUAAGCGCCCUCAUAUAGACGUGUUUAACAGCAGUUAAUGUACUCCUCAGCAUGUGUUGUGUCCUCAAGUUUUGAUAAACAGCCACCUGUAGCCUUUGAAACCAUCUGUACAAGUAUAUCCUUGUGAAUCUCCCAGCUUGUGAGCACUGCGGCUGAAGGCUGAGUCACUGUUUGGGUUUCUAUGAAAGGAUGAAGGGUCAGUCCGCCCCUCCACAUGUCAGUCACCUCCGGUUACUGAUUCAUCAGCGAGCACGCUGUUGAAAUGUGGAAACAUUCAAAGUUGCACUUUGUUGUGUGUUUGUGUUCAGCAGAGAGGGAAGAAGUUGGUUUGUGUGUGUAAGUAAGUGUCCAGUGUUACCUCAGAGGAAGUGAGAUUUAAAGAGGGGCUGGAUUAACGAUAAUCUAACAAACAGAGGAAAUGCAUGAUGUGGAGAAUCCAGACAUUGUUGGUUUUGUUUUAUGUAACGCUCUCAUUAGGAUCAUGUUUUAAUCCUUUGUUGCUCUGAGAGACUUUCACCCUGAACUCUUUAAGAUCUCCAUCUCCAGGCUUUAGUAUGUACACCCCUGAACUGUGUGCUGCUACACGUGUCGUGUGUUCAUACACUCACUCAUACACACAUUGCCCCCUCUGUUGACCAGUGAGGCCUGAAGCUAGCUCCUUCUUACACUUUAUACUUGUUUACUUUGGAUUUCUGCCCAUUUGUUGACAGUCUUUGGUAUUUACUCAGAGUUUAUGCUGUUUGCCGAGAGGUUAAUUCUGAUUUUAAAGGGUCUUUCACCAUGUUGACUCUUUUUUUAAAUGGGGUAGUCAGGUGUUUUUAACUAUUUUUGUUUUUCUGUGUGCAGGACCUGAACAAGCGUCUCUCCCUGCCUGCUGACAUCAGGAUACCAGACGGUUACCUGGAAAAGCUGCAGUUGAGCAGCCCACCCUUCGACCAGCCGCUGAGCCGACGUUCCCGCAGAGCAUCACUGGUGAGACAGAGGGAGAAGAUGAGGUGGAGAACGGGUCUGUUAGAUGUCAAAACAGAAACGAGGAUGUAAAGAUAAAACAGCGAAAAACUAAGAUCACAAAUCCAAAGCUUGCGAGGAAUGUAUCAGCGGAGGUGUUUUUUGUUUUUUUUUUUGCAUUUCACUGAUAACUUGAAGAGGCAGCACUGUAUUUUAUAAGGAAUUCAACUACAGUCUCACUGAGCAAUAGAUGGCUAUUGGACGUCUAGUUUUUUUUUUUUUUAAACCUAACUUUAACCGUCUAGAUUCUGUAUAUUUUAAGACAAAAUUUAGACGUUGCACUUUAACCCAUUAUUCGAUAACAGCAACAAAAAGCAUCUGUGAGUUGCAUAACUGAUCUCCAAGUACUUAACCAAAAUAAUUUGAUAGCCAUUGAGCAAUAUACAGUGUAGUAUAGAUAUAGCCUAAAUUUAGACUUGGUCUAAAUUUAGACGUCUGAAUAACGUUCAUUUUUAGACCUGUGGUAGCCUGAUUUUAGAUCAGUCAUCUAGGCUACAUUUAGACGACUGUUAGACCUCUUUUAGACCAAAAAAUGCUCAGACAGUGGGGUGUAAGUAGAUAUUUUUAAAUUAACAAAAGAUGACUGCAUGUGGUAUCCAAAAAAAGUGACCUGUAGUGACCAAACCAACGGGGUAUGUCUUUGGUUCUCUGUCGAUGUAAGACCUGUCUAAAUGUCCUUAACUUUCCUGUCAUUAAUGCUGUAUCCAGCAACAGCAGGCAGCUUUUUACAGUCCUCAAGCAGUAAUUAACCCCCUGAACAUGUGACCUGCCCAGCGGCAAAGAGCAGAAAAAAAUGAAUGUGCUAAAUGAAAAUGUAGUGAAUAUCGAGCUGCUUUCAGAACCAGAUGUGUUUUUUUCUCAGCCAAGGCAGGGAGAAGAGUUAAUAUUUGCUUUGGAUUAGCUUAUAAUGACUCCUCAAAGAUUGCUGACUCAGCUAUGCUUAUCACCGGAUAGCUAAUGGUCUGUUUUGACUAACACUGGUCUCAUUUGGCUUGGUACGGUACAGCACGGUACAGUACAGCGCAGUUUGGUGUGGGAAACCUUGAUCUAAGUUGCGUUUCCACAACAGACCGUAACCUACUCUGGGCCGUCAUGCAGGAAGCUUGUUGGCUCCAGACUCUGGCAUGGUUUUUGGCAGACAUGCCCACAGAUUAGACCGCUCAGACCACUUGCGUGAGCAGCACAUGUCACGCAAUUUUUAAUUAUUGCAUUUUUAUUGAGCUUUGAAUCUCAGCCCAGAGUACACAGAAAAUGAAUGAGCUAAGAGCUGGACUGGAAAUGUAAAUGUUGAUAAAAGCCUCUUUAAUAGACAUUUUUGUGUUGUAUGCUGCUGCCUCUGUUGCAACUGCCCCUGUUGACCUUGUUGGUAGAUAGAUGAAUUCAGCUGGUUGGACUACAGUACAGUAACCAGCUCUAGGGGCUCUGCUAAACUCAUUUCUUUUUGGGCCGAUGAAGCAAAAUGAGUUCCUGACAAAUCAAGGUUCUUCAUCACAUCCUUGCUUAUUGAGUUUUAAGAUUUCCUACAUCAAAAGUUAUAAAAAUUAAAACUUCUCAUUCAAAAAUAAACAAAAAAUAAUAAAUAGAUAAAUAUAGAUUUUAUUUGGCAGCAUAAAGCCACAUCUUUAAAUUAGAUCUAAUAGAAGAGAAACUGAAACAGCCUAAGAGUUAAAAUCUCAAAACUGGCUUAUGUAAAUGUCCAGCACUUGCUGCCCACAUAGCGUACGCAGUUCUGAUUCAAGAGUCGGGUUAAACAGGCAGAAACCAACACAGACGAGCUGUUAGGAAGAGGCUGCAUAAUGGAAAGAGAGCAAGAGAGAGUGAUGUUUUAAUUUAAAGAGAGCAAGAAACAGGAGAGAGAGAGAGAGAGAGAGAGAGAGAGAGAGAGAGAGAGAGAGAGAGAGAGAGAGAGAGAGAGAGAGAGAGAGAGAGAGAGAGAGAGAGAGAGAGAGAGAGAGAGAGAGAGAGAGAGAGAGAGAGAGAGAGAGAGAGAGAGAGAGAGAGAGAGAGAGAGAGAGAGAGAGAGAGAGAGAGCUCUCACCUUAGCCUUUGACAGUCUAAUCUCUUCUCCUCAGCCUGUCAUGCGUUCACUCUGUCAGCAGCCUCAAUAAUUGGCUUGUGGUUUUACUGUGAAAGUGCGUCUAUCAAAAGUAGAACAAAGGAAAAAGUAUGAGAGCACUGUGCAUCUGCAUACAUGCUCGUCUGCAGGUUGUUUGUACAGUGCACUGUGUUUUUUUUUCUCAACAUGUGCACGGACAUGUUAAAAAAUCUGUGAGCCGGUCAGACUCUUCAGCUCAUCAGGUUCUGGCUUAGAGUCGGAUUAAAGUCCGGUGAAGCUGCCUCUCACUUUGACUGCUCUGAGGCUUACUCGUAAAAGGCUGAAAAACAACACCAGGUUCUUGUUGUCAAAACUACAAAUCCUGCUGCUUAAUAUUAUGGUAGUUUCAAUUGCUGUUGUAGAUUAUUGUUUGUAUUAAUUCUAAUGUGAUCCUUAACCCAGAGCUGUUCUUGAGUAGGUGACGGUCAAAUCAUCACCAGUAUACUCAUUAUACAAACAUUAUACAUACAGUCAGUCAUACAUGACAAAGAAAAGCAUCAAGUUUUGACACGUCUAAUUAAUUCAAGUGUUUUCGAAUUUUCCUUGAAGGGAUUAACCUGAUUUCAAAAUAAAGCGCUCCUCCCCAGUAAACAAACACACGGUAAAAGCCAAAAGCCAGCGGUCCGUUGUCACAACAAAUCAGCUCUGAUGGUUGUCGGGGGUUUCUGACCUCUUCCACUCCCUCCUCCGCUGCCGGGCCGUCAUAAGGAUUUGCCGUAGUGUCCGUAAGCUUGUCAGUGCUAAUAACGACGCCCACCCUCUUUAAUGCUGUUUGUCCUUUUCUCUCCUCCAGUCAGAAAUUGGAUUUGGGAAGCUGGAAACCUACAUCAAACUGGACAAACUAGGGGAGGUAUGUAAGAGAGUGUGUGUGGGAGGGUACACCGUUAACCUUGACUCUCUCACAGGUGCUACUGCUCUCAGAUUGAGUGAUAUAACACAUACAGUUUACUUUUAACCCCUUGGCUGCCUGGCUGCAGCUUCUAAAAUCACUCCUCUCUCUCCUCUCUCCUGCUCCUCCAGGGCACGUACGCCACCGUCUUCAAAGGGAGGAGUAAACUGACGGAUAACUUGGUGGCGCUGAAGGAGAUCAGACUGGAGCAUGAAGAGGGAGCGCCAUGCACGGCUAUCAGAGAAGGUAGAAGGAUGUUGCACUAUAAAUCCUGCACUAUGAAGCGGUACAAAAACAUGGUUCUCAACAGGUACAGGGAGGAAGAAGGUCUCUAACCAUCGAGUGUUUUCAGAAAUGAUUUAUGUUACUCUAUUUAUGUUCUAUUUUUGACUGACUGUUUAUUGAGUAGAGGAUAAGGGGUAGGUUUAAAAAAGCAUUAUGCUUCAUCCUACUCUUUUUCGGACAUGUUGGGUUCGUAUUAUUAUUAUCCCAUUGGUUUGGUUUGUUUGUUUUCAGUUUAUUUUCUUGUGUUGCACGCACAUGAAAUAAAUGAAAAUAAUCCAACUCAAUCCAUUCCACUUUAUUUAAAACAUUUUAAAAAAACAUUUAAGUUUACCAAAGUGCUGCACAAUAAUCUUAAAAGAACAGAGAAUGCAGAAAACAUCAAGAUGAAAUAAAUAAAAGCAGAAAGAAAACCUUUAAAAUGAAAUAAAAGCACAAAAGCAUAAAAGAAAUAAAAGUGAUAAAAGGAUCAUAAAAGACAUAAAAGGACAGAGAUCACACAAAAUAAACUAACAAAAAUGGCCUCCAUUUAGACCUGAUAUCUUAGAUAUUUUGCCACAUUUUUUAAACUCUAAGCCCCGGAUUUUUUAUCAUUAACCCUAAUGAAAUUUUCUGGUGCAUCUCUCCCAUAAUCUAUAUAUUUCACUCUAGGAAAACAGUUUUUCUUAUGAGUGUACUGUCUGAAAAGAAAAUGUAAACAGCUCUAAACUUAAUUAUUUACAUAGUAAUUUACUCCAGAGAGGGUAUUAUUAGUGUUAUUAGUGCUGCUCUGAACUCAUUGCGACAGGUUAGUGCCACUCAGACAAAACACAAUGUGGGUAGUAAGGUGUGAGAAUCGGAGAAUUGUUGUUGUUGUUGUUGUUGUCAUAAAAUGAAAUCUUGGAGGUUUUAUUCGUGGAUGAUAUCUAUGAAUAAACCUGAAGUUUCUCCAUCAGUCAAUCAGAGAUGUUUUAAAGACUGAACAGUGUGGAUUUCAUGGUCAGAGUGUCGUGAUAUUCUCAGCAGCACUCACAGCUGUGUUGCCUUUCUCUCCUUAGUGUCGUUACUGAAGGACCUGAAACACGCCAACAUUGUGACGCUGCACGACAUCGUCCACACAGACAAGUCUCUCACACUGGUCUUUGAAUACCUGGUGAGCUGAACAGACCUUCUGCCCUCAUUUCCUGCGUGACUCACAUUAUUCUGCGCACAGAAGCUAAAAUAAAUAUAUAUUCACAUCAUUAUUAUUCAUGACCCUCUGCAGAGAUGAAAUGAUAAUACAGGAGCACAAUAGUUCAACUGUUGCUGUUUGCGAGCCUAAUUCUCUCUCCCUCUCCCUCUCUCUCUCUUGCUCUCUCUCUCUCCUGUCAUCUAGGACAAAGACCUGAAGCAGUACAUGGACGACUGUGGGAACAUCCUGAGCAUGCUGAAUGUCAAGGUGAGCCUCCGCAGGCAGCCUGAUGGCCCAGCCAACUUCAUCUCAGUGUCACAGCUCAGUGGUCGCUGGUGUCAACACUAGAAACAUUGUCAAUCUGCCCCCUGGUGGUCAAACAUAGACACUGUGGAGAAAACAGAACAACUGUGUCUUCCUCCUUUGUGCACAGUUUGUUGAUAUAUGUUGAUAUGUCCCUUUUUCAGUGAACCUGAAAUACAGUGAACCUUUAUUUGCAGCUGACUGGUUUGAUGAUGAUGAUUGAUGCUUACCACAAUUAUCUCCCCCCCCUGCAGAUCUUUCUGUUCCAGAUUUUGCGAGGUUUGGCGUACUGUCACAGGCGGAAAGUUCUCCACAGAGACCUGAAGCCCCAGAAUCUGCUUAUCAACGACAGAGGGGAACUCAAACUGGCUGACUUCGGUACCAACAAAAAAACUAAUUUUACAUCAAUAAUUCAAUUGUGCAUGAUCAAGCUUUUUUAUGAUAAAUCAACCAUAUCUUCCUAAAGUUAUCCCCUUUUGAAGCUACACUCAUUUACAUUUUGCAUGAACAGAGUGAUGGAAUAUUGUGAUAUAUUAGAAACAAAUGAAUUUUGGGUAUCUUGGAAUACAACCAGACGAAUUUUCCUGAGUUUCCUCCAAGUGUGUUGGAUCUGUUCUGAUUUCACAUGUUUCUUCUCUGCAGGCCUGGCGAGGGCCAAGUCUGUGCCCACCAAAACAUACUCCAACGAGGUGGUGACACUCUGGUAUCGGCCUCCUGACGUGCUGCUGGGCUCUUCCGAGUACUCCACGCAGAUAGACAUGUGGUGAGUGGGCCUCGCUCGACACGGGUGAUUACAACUGUUGGCAAACACUGAGUGGACUCCUGGCUCCUCUCUUUGUUUUAUCUCUGCACUGCAGUAAGCAAAUAAAACUCUCCAAUUGAGAGAGUCUCUGCUAUGAAUUCAGUAUUGUUUGUUUAUUCGAAGUCUGGAGCCACUGAAAUGAUUUGUGGAACAAGCACAGAUGUUUGUUUUUAGUUUGAAGGCUGCUCUAAUGAAGUAGCUGGCAGAUCCAGUACAGUCAAGACCCUUUAAUUGGGUAGGUUGAUGCUUCAUCAAACAAAACCCUACCUCUUUCUGUUGUAAAGCAAGAAAUUAAAUACUUACAACAAAUAUCCAGUAGUGCUUUUCAGUCGAGAGAAGGGUUAUGAUUUAACAGGAAACGUUAACCUUAUUAAGAGGAAACUUUUUUUUAUAGUAGAAACUUUGUGGAGAAAUUCAAACACGAGACUCAAGCACAGCACAAACCUAAUUCUGAGACGCUUUAACAUUUUAUUCCCUAAAUAACUAAAAGUAGGAAGGAAAAAAACAGUAUAAGAUAAGAUUUUCUUUGUUGUCCUCAUUGAGUAAGUUUCUGUGGACAUUGAACAUCAACAUGGAAGUUAAUAAAUUUAGGUUUUUGUUUCCUAAUCCCAGAGACUUCUUUUUUGGCCUUUUCUCUGAUUUCGUCCAAACUUUGUCCAAAGGUCUUCUCUAAAGGUAUUCAGUCAAUAUUUCACUCCUUUGAGCUGGUUGAGGUUUGAUCCCAGAGGUAAGAGUAUCCCACAGUAAGAGGUCUAAUAGACGUCUAAAUGUAGCCUAGAAGAUUGGUCUAAAAUCAGGCUACCAAAAUGAAAGUUUUUUAAGAUCUCUAAGUUUAGACUAAAUCUAAAUCUGGACUGUAUCUAUACUACACUGUAUAUUGCUCAACGGCUAUCAUAAUCAUAAUUAUUUUGGUUAAGUACUUGGAGAUCAGUUAUGCAACUCACAGUUGCUUUUUGAAAUAAAUAGUUAUCGAAUAAUGGGUUAAAGUGCAACGUCUAAAUUCCAUCUAAAAGUAUAAUGAAUCUAGACGGUUAAAAUUAGGUUAAAAAAAAAAACCUAGAUGUCUAAAAGCCGUCUAUUGCUCAGUGGGAUUGUUAAACUUUGUAUAUCUAUUUCAUUUUCUAUCCAGGAAAGCCUCAUUGAGGUUUUUAAAAAUUGUUUUUUUAUGAGUAGUCCAGUCAAGAUUGGCAGUAGCACAUUUGAACAAAGUUACUGAUAUACUUGAUAGUUUCAAAACGUGUUAGUGAAUCCUCUAUCAUGUUACACAAAGUCAUCAUUUGGAGUUUGAACAGCUUGAUGCCUUUCCUCUACCAUGUCCAGUCUGCUUUAAAAACAUCCAGAGAGAUCAGCUCAGACCCAAGUCCUCUAGCCGGAGGUUCCAAGCUGCAGGAGCAGUGUACCUGAAACUGCUUUUUCUUCAUUUAAGAGCAGAAAACCUGAUAUAUGAGUGAUCACACCUGUCUGUCUGUCUGUCUGUCCUGUCAGGGGUGUGGGUUGUAUAUUCUAUGAGAUGGCUGCCGGCAGACCCCUGUUCCCAGGCUCCACGGUGGAGGAUGAGCUGCACCUCAUCUUCAGGCUGCUAGGUCAGUGCUGCCCCCUGCUGUCAGGGAUGCACACAAACUUUUUUUUUUUUUAAUAUGAUCCUCUAAUCGCAUUAACCCUGGCAUGUAGCCCCCCUGCUGCAGCAUGAAAAAGCCCCUCCAGCUGCCCCCUGCAAAGCCCGACUGUAACAGGAGCGUUUGAAUGUCCCUCUACAGGCACUCCCACCGAGGACAGCUGGCCUGGAAUCUCCUCCAUCGACGAGUUCAAGUCCUACAAAUUCCCCAAGUACAAGGCCCAGCCUCUGAUAAACCAUGCACCAAGGUAAGACACACCACAUCUGCUUUUUGCGAUCACUUUAGAUAUUGAUAACACACUUUGUUAGUUUCUAAACACUCCCCUCCGCUUUUUUGUUAGCCCUCAAAUCAUUGAAGACGGAAAUGAGGGAUUGUUUGAGAGCAGACACAGGUAUAAAAGUAGAGCUGUGGCUGUUUAUAUGUAGAGCUUUUUAGGUUUUGAAGAGUCCAACUUUUGGGUUGUUUAGUUAGUGUGCAAAUGUGUGCUCUUUGUCACUUCCUGUAAGGAAAUCCUGUGGAAUAGUUGACUGAGUUUCCUUCCUUACACUCACCAGCAUCUGUGCGUCACCACCACCUCUACUGACCUCUUUCUCUCUCUCUCUCUCUCCCUCUCAUUUCCCUCCAGGUUGGAUACUGAUGGCAUCGACCUGCUGAUGUCAUUCCUAAAAGUGAGUGUCAGUAAAUCUGCCAGGCAUGACGGGGAUGUUAAAAGCAGUGUGACACAUUCUGCAGCUAUGUUAGGACUCUGUUUUCAAAAACAAGCGGUGCAUCAAGGCGCAGCGGCGGCACAUCAUUCACAUUCAAUCACAAAUUGCUGACCUAAUUCCUUUGUCGCCCAUUAAUGACUCUCUUUCUUUUACUUCCGCGAAUCUCAGUACGAGUCGAAAAAGAGGACCUCUGCUGAUGAAGCGAUGAGACAACCGUACUUCAGGAGCCUGGGGCCACGCGUGCACACACUGCCAGAGAGUGAGUAAUGAAAUGGCAGCGCAGUAGCGCAGACUUGGCAGGCUGCUCUAGGUACAGCUUGAAGGAUAUUGCAGCGUACAGUGAGGAUCAGUUUCAGCUUCAUAACAAAGACUCUUUUCUCCUGGCAAGAUGGGAUGUCUGCUGCUCCGACUGACUCUCUCUCUCUCUCUUUCUCUCUCUCUCUCUCUCUCUCUCUGUCUGUCUUGCAGACAUAUCCAUAUUCACACUGAAGGAGGUCCAGUUGCAGAGAGAUCCCGGCUACCGGAGCUCGUCGUACCCUGAGUCAGGUGAGUCAGGAAGGAUGCAAGAAUGUAUGCUUAGAUUAUCUCACAUAUAUGGAGAAUAAAACCUGAUAGACGCUCAUUUGAUUGUUUGAUUGUGUUUGAAAUCUGAUCAAAUUAGAGGUGAGCCUUUAGUUGUAGCCCACAGUGUAACCGUUUGAGGCUGAGAGAAUCAAAUUGUAACCUUUAUCUUAGGUGUUAGUGGUCUUUAAAUUGUGAUUAUGAAUUUUUUCAUGCUACUUGUGUCAUUUUCAAGAGCUUUUCUUCUGCAGAGCUCCAGUAGCUCAUUAGCAAUUCACCUCUGAGUCAUGGGCGGAGACAGCGCUACGCUGCACUGUUCUCUUCAUGCUAGCUUGUAGCCUAAUUUUGCCGGUGUAGUAGAAGUGGCAGGUAACAUAGGAGCGAUUCAGCUAUUGGACACUUGUGCCUUUGGGGGCAUGAGGAAAGUUAAUAUAACUAACUCACACACUUGUUCUGCGAUCGUCCUCUCUACUUUUCGCGGUCUGGUCUGCAUAGCAGGGCUCUGGGGGCGGAGCUUGGAUUUGUGACAUAGGAAAUCUCUCUGUGUCUGUUAGAGGUUAACAGCAAUUUGAAUGCAGAAAUAGUCAGGAAUGCAAUUUUGCUCUUAGUUUUCUCAUGAUAUGUCCUCUAGCAUCUAUAAAAAAUGCUAUAAGAACAUGUAGACAACAACAAAAACAUGAUUUUCAUUAGAGUGUGUCUUUAUAUCUUUACGAAAACCAAAGACAGUAAUUGUUUUUCUUUGUCUCCCUCAGGCAACGGGAAAAGCAGAAGACAAAGCAUGCUGUUUUAAAUUCUCUGGACUAUAUUUUUUUAAUUUGGGAAGUAUCUCCUCGCUGUACAGUUACCUGGGAUGGAUGUUGGCGCUGAGCAUCAUCAUUUUCAUCACCAUCAUCACUCCUCAGAAAACUACUUGGGGAAACUCGUCCACAGUGCGGCGGAACCCCCUCCUCUCCAGGUUCGGCCUGGAGCGGGCCAGAAAGAGACAUUUAUAUACUGUACAUCUAUAUUUAUUGAGAAGAGAAUUUGCUGCUAAAUACAACUACUGUCUAGAAUUCUAACUGGCUCAGUCACUUUAAUGAGUACAUGCAAUGUGUAUAGAUUUUUAAAAUUUUUUUUUGAAGUGGUGGUAUUUCUAGUGAUAUAUAUUUUUUGUCAUUAUUUCCAUUUUCAUACAAACAAAACUGCACCUCAAAGCUCCUCAGUAUGUGUGUGUUUGUGUGUUUAAGACACACAGAGGGAUGUUUCUGUAGCGACUCAAAAAGGGUUUGAUUCUCUAUCACUGUUGCCACGGCGCUGUUCUCAGCUGCACCUAUCAUAAGCGGCCAUUUUCUCUGAAGGUCUUUGAGGCCAGCCUUGAAAGGACUGAUCAUUUCUUCCCAACUUAGAGGCCGUUACGAAGGCUGUGCAUUCUCGUCAGAUGCUGGCAUAUCAUUCCGGGAUGCUGUGGUCUCAUGUUGUGACCAAUGAACAAAUGCGAGGAGAGGAGAGGAGGGAUAAGGCAAUGUAGGAUUAUUAACAAGGGCAUUACAGGAUUAGUUACGCCUCCUAAAUUCUUCAGAAGAGAUUAAACUGCCGUGAACAACCCUCUCUUCCUUUUCCACCUGAAUCUGACACCUUAUCUGCUGCGGUCUGCUACGAAGACAAGGUGCAAAGUGUUUAAUCUGCGAAUCUGCCUUUGUGAUUUAAAGAUGUGUUCUCCUGAUGCCAUUCCCAUCUCCUUUCGACUGUAAAAACAGAUCAUUUUUUCUUUUCCUGGAUUGCCUCCUUUUAUUGUGUUGCAUGCCUGCUCUAUUGUAUGAGGAAGCACACAGCCACUAAACUCCUAAUUCAGGGAGCAAUAGCUAUAGUCCUGCCCUUCAGUGAAUAUGAUACUGAGUCAAAGUCUAUUUAACAGUGUUACCAGAGAUGUUUUGUAUGAUAUUCUUUAACUUUAUUUGUGGAUAAUUGUUAUUGGUGUGGGAUUUCGACGCAGAUACCCUCCCAUAUUUGAGCUUUUUUCCAGAGUAAAGAAAAUAAAACUAAAGUUUAAACAGAGAUCACCUGGACUCUUAUUGUAUGUGCCAUUUUAUCUAUAUUAUUGAAUGGGCAGGUAGAUGCUACAAAGGGACUCAGGUGAAGCAGUGAUCUGGAGAACGGGAAGAGCACAAGGUUUUUACUGCUGAUCUCUGA